AAAUUAUGAGUAAAAUAAAAUUCAUCAAUAUAUAGAGCAUAGAGAAUUUCUGUAUUUUUUUUGAAAGAAAAAAAAAAUUCAUCAAUAUAUAGAGCAUGGAGAAUUUCUGUAUUUUAUUCAUUCAUAUUUUGCUGCAGCAGGUAUAGACAUGUAUAACUGUACAAAGAGACAAUCACAAUUAUCUAACACUAGUAUUGCUUUACCUUUAAACAUGGGAUACAAAUUGAUUCUACAAAAUCCUCAAUGGACAAUUCAUGCCAAAUGUCUAUUCUUGAACGAAAUAUCAAGUUAUUCUUUUUCUUAGACCAAAUCAAAAACAAAGGUUACAACACCAAGACAAAGAGAAGAAGGCAAGAUUAAUGCUCAAUAUUAUUUUGCGGAAAGGAAUCAUGAAAUUAUACAAGUCCUACCGGCAUAUAUAUAGUUUCAUCUGAGCCUUUCUACGAUUUGAGAAUUAGAUCAUAAGCAUGGAUCAAUGGCUGGGAAUAAUCGAGAGGACUGCUACUUGCUUGUUUAGCUGCGCCAACAAGCGUGCGUCCUAUGUUUAUAAGUUGGAAGAGAAUGUGGAGUCAUUGAGAGGGAAAUGGAAUCAACUUCAACAGAUGUUCAAUGAUAUCAAUAUCAGGAUUCAGACUGCUGAAUACACGGGAGAGAUGCAAAGGAAAAAUGAAGUGGAGGGUUGGCUGCAGGAUGUUGGCAAUCUUCAAAAGGAUAUAAAGGAUGUUCUGGAUUCUCAAGAAAUUCGUGAGAAUAAAUGUUUAAGAGGUUAUUGCUCGAAGAAUUGUGUUUUCAGCUACAAGGUUGGAAAGAAAAUUGUUAAGAAUAUGAUUCCCAAUGCGGAUGAGCUGUUGUAUAAAGGAAAACAUUUUGGUAGUAUUGACAUUGCUAACAAGUUACCACCAAAGCCAGUAAAUGAAAUGCAAAAUGUUGAGACCGUUGGUUUGGAUUUGAUACUCAAUGAAGUUUGGAAUAGUAUUGGAGAUGAAAAUAUCAAUAUCAUUGGUUUAUAUGGAAUGGCAGGUGUUGGAAAAACUACCCUUCUAAGAAGAAUUCACAAUGAGUUUGGAAAGAGGAAGCAUGACUUCACUCUAGUGUUGUGGGUGGUGGUGUCUAAAGAUUGUGAUACUAAUAGAAUUAUGAAUGAUAUCCGAAACAGGAUUGGGAUUGAUGAUGAUGCUCGGUGGGAAAAUAGUAACAAAGAACAAAGAGAGGCAAAGAUUUAUCAAGUCUUGAAACAAAAGAAGUUUGUGCUGAUGAUAGAUGAUCUUUGGGAUGAGUUGAAACUAGAAACUGUGGGAGUUCCAAAUCUAAAGGAAACUAAUAAUAAAUCAAAAGUAUUGUUCACAACACGAAUUAAGAAUAUUUGUGCCAAAAUGCAAGCUCAGAGGAAAUUCGAAGUGAGGUGUUUAUUAAAGAAAGAAUCAUUUGAUUUGUUUUGUCGAAAAGUAGGUGAUGAGACUUUAAAGAGUCACACAGAAAUUCCAAAGUUAGCAUGGGAGAUGACUAAAGAAUGUGCAGGAUUGCCACUGGCACUUACUACAGUAGGAGGUGCCAUGGCUGGAGUGAAAAACAUAAAUGCAUGGAAGCAAGCCAAAUAUGAUUUAAGGAGAUCUGCUUGGACAGCGUCAGAAUGGGAGAAUAAAGUUUUCAAUAUCAUUAUGUUUAGCUUUGAUAGAUUGCCAGAUGAUGCCCAUAAAAAAUGCUUCUUGUAUUGUGCUCUAUACCCAGAAGAUCAUGAAAUUAACAAUGACGAUCUUAUUCUUCGAUGGAUUGGAGAGGGGUUUCUUGGUGAAGAUAUGAGUAAGAAAAGUACAUAUCAUAUGUAUGAGCAAGGAGAAUCUAUCAUUGAGAAGUUAAAGCUCUCAUGUUUGUUAGAGGAGGGUGGUGUUGAAUUUGUCUUCGCAACAGAAUAUUGGAGGCGGGUUAAGAUGCAUGAUGUGAUUCGAGAUAUGGCAUUAUGGAUAUCCCGUGAUAGAGAUCAAAAUAAAGACAAAGUUCUAGUUCAAGAAGAAGCAUUAGCAUUGUCAGAAAUCGAUUCUGAAAGGUUGAAUCUUGUGGAGAAGAUUUCAAUUAUAUCUAGUUCAUAUACAAAGUUCAAAGUACGAGCUUGUCCAAAUCUUAUCACUCUAUGCUUAGGGCGUUGGGUGUUUAUUACUGACUAUUCAAAUAUUACGUUUAUGAAAAGAUUAAAAGUAUUGGAUCUAUCACAUAGUUGCAUAAAUUUUCUCCCCAGUAUGAGACGUAGGUUGCCUGUUGAAUUGAAGAGUUUGAAAAACUUGAGGGUGUUCGUUAUGGAAUCUUUACGCCUCUUCAGAUCUGAUUUCAUCAUUCCUUCAGAAGUGAUAGAAAGUCUUGAGCAGUUAAAGGUGUUCAGAUUUUCUUCAAAAAUAUUUUGGCCACAAUUAAUGUUCUUUCCCAACCUUAAGGGAGUGAAAAAACUCCUAGAGAAGUUGGAAUCCUUGCCAAAAUUGGAGGAAUUGCACAUCCCAGUUAAAACCAUCACCACCAUGCAUAAAUUACUCGAGUCGAACAAGUUACGAGAUUGCACAAGAUAUUUUAAGUUGGAUAGAAUAUAUGAGGAGGCAAUUGAAAUGCCAUCACUACUAACAACUUUCUCAGGAAUGAAGAAUCUCGAGAAUAUAACUUUCAACUAUGUUUAUAAUAUAAUAGAAGGAAGUUUGUCAAUUACUAACCCUUGUUAUCUUUGCAAGCUUCGCCGAGUUGAGAUUCAUGGUUGUAGUUCAAUAACUCAUUUGACAUGGUUGGUGUAUGCUCCACUCCUUGAGUUCCUUGGUGUUUCCAACUGUCUUUCAAUUAAAGAAGUGGUCAGGGAAGUCGAAGAUGAAGCUGAUGUAUUCCCAAAUCUCAAAUUGAUCUCCCUUCGGACUUUAGUAGCGUUGGAGAGCAUCCAUAGCAAAGCAUUAGAUUUCCCCUCCCUGAAAAUUAUUGAUGUAUAUUCUUGCUACAAUCUAAGGAAGCUUCCAUUGAAUUCCAAUUCUUCUGGCAAGGACAGUUUGGUUAAAAUUCGAGGAGGCAUCAAGUGGUGGAACAAUUUAGUGUAGGAAGACCCUGACACAACCAUUAAAGACCUGCUCCAUUCUAAAUUUAUUCAGUCAGUAUAGUAUAGAGCCCGUUAAUCUUUUACCAGUUCAAUCGUUAAUUAUAAUCAUUGAGUAUUUGGUAUAUAUGGAAUAAUACAAUGAUGUAUUUAC